GACAACAGAGCUCAUUGCUCCUUAGACCCAAAAGACUAGUCAAGAAAGCAAAAAAUCUUUUGUACAGUCAUGAACUGCAAGGUUUUUUUGACUGUCCUGGCUGCCUUCCUGAUCUCAGUAACUGUGACUGAAGGAAUGGUCCUGCCACAGAAUAGGAAUGAGCUCCGAUGCCACUGCAUAAACACUCAUUCCAAGUUCAUCCCUCCAAAACUGAUUCAGGAUGUGAAGCUGAUCCAAAGUGGGGCUCACUGCCAGAAUGUUGAAGUCAUUGCCACUCUUCAGGAUGGCAGAGAGGUGUGCUUGGAGCCCGCUGCUCCCUGGGUGAUGCGUGUUGUGAAGGCGAUCCUGGAGAAGGCUGAAUCCAACAUUGAGACACCGGUGUAAGAAAAGCCAAAGAAGAAAAGUCUCCUUACUUCUCCUGAAGGAAAUAGUCCAGUGAAAAUGACAGUCAGCCUGCACCUGCAGCCUGUCCACCUUCUCUAUCAAUGUGUUUCUGUGCAGACUGGAGUUAGCUGAAUCUAUUUCAUAUUUAUUUGUUUAUUUAACAGCAUCAUUUUGCUCUGAAUAUUUCAGGUGCCAACAGGACAGGUUGCCCACUGAACCUGAAAACAUUGGAUGGGCAAUGUUUCUGAUUUGGGAUUUUUUGAGGGAAACAAAGACCCUUCAGCAGCCACUUAAGCUGAUCCCAAUUGUACCAGUGCCAUGAACUUGCAGUAUAGCUGAAUCUGUGCUGCACCUUGCCUUUCUGCUAGGUUAUCUGACUAGCAGUGAUUCUUCACCCCCUGUGGUGCUUUGAAGCCCGAGUUGCAUCAGUGUGAGGCUCUUAACUUGUAUUUGGUGGCUUUUAGAACUGAAGCACCAAAAUUCAUAAUACAGAAUUUUUCAUGCUUUCAUUCUUAAGAGAUUAUUUAUUAUGCUCUAGCACCAUUUUACAUGUCCAAAUAUACGUUGAGAAACAAAAAGAGAAAUGUACAUGUAAUGUCAUAUUUAAGUAGGAAAAAAA